AGAUUUUAUAAGCAUAGAUUCACAUAGAUUCUUCCCGUUUUUCUAGAAUCAUUAAUUCGUUUUCACCGGGCUGCAGUUUCACAAUAAUUUUCAUAGUUACAAGUUCGUUGUGUAAAUUGAAAUAAAUUUAUUGUAAAGCCUUGUGUAUUGAAAUUUUCACCAUGUUUUCUCGAAUGUGUGCAUCGCGCACGGCGUUCAGUGUGUCUCAGGUACUGAAAAGCCCAGUGCCAGUAAAAUAUGUGCCCAAAAACUACGUGGUGAGAAAUUACGCUCGUGAGGCCCGCUCCAGAGUUGCAACGCGUUCACGUCCAACGAUAUGGGAAAGGCUCAUGGCACCUGCAAGUCCCAACGCUUUCAGCAUGGGCAAAGGUGCUCUGGCAGGAGCAUCAGCAAUGGGUCUGGCGGCUCUGGCCUACUACGGGUCUGGAGUCAAACCUGGAACACUGCAAGAGGCACACCUCUGGCCAGACUAUGUUAAGGAGCGUAUCAGAAACACAUACGCAUACCUUGCUGGGUCUCUCAUUUUGACAGCGGGAAGUGCUAUGUACGUCUUCAAUACACCGACACUGCUUAAUCUAGUCGCACGAAGUGGAUGGAUGUCAAUCCUGGUGACAAUGGGCCUGAUGAUCGGUUCAGGCAUGGUGGUGCGAAGCAUGGAAUAUAAACAAGGCUUUGGCGCUAAACAACUUGCUUGGAUAGUGCACACAGGCAUAAUGGGCGCUGUGAUUGCACCAAUAUGCUUCCUUGGUGGACCCAUCCUUACUCGUGCAGCUUGGUAUACGGCGGGUGUAGUGGGCGGACUGAGCACAGUGGCAGUCUGCGCACCAUCUGGGGAGUUCCUAAAUAUGCGCGCGCCGUUGGCUAUGGGCCUCGGCGCCGUGUUCGCCGCCUCUCUUGCUGGCAUGUUUCUGCCACCCACUACUGCUCUUGGCGCUGGUUUAUAUUCUUUAAGCAUGUAUGGAGGUUUGAUUGUAUUCAGCGGAUUUUUGCUGUACGACACACAAAUGAUCAUAAAACGAGCUGAAACACAUCCCGCCUACGGAUUCCAGCCGUACGACCCUAUUAACUCUGCUGUAUCGGUAUAUUUGGACGUCCUGAACAUCUUCAUGCGCAUCGCUAUGAUCUUAGCAGGCAACAAUAAUCGACGAAAAUAAAUUGUAACGAACAUAAAGCUUGAUUUGGAAAUAAACUAGUUAUAAAUUAGUGGUUUACAUAAAAAUAGGGAAUAGUAUAGUCUGUCUUUUUUGAAGAUGGAGUAUAAUGACAGUUCAUUGCGCAAAAGUGUUGCCCGCUUGCAAGCUGCUAAUGAUUGCAGUCGAUAAACAUUCUGUCGACUAAAUGUCAGUUACGCUUAUGCAAUAAAUAAUCGAACUUGUUAUCAUUUGAAUCAUCAUCGGCUCUUUAUUUGUUCAACUGCUGGGCAUAGGUUCAUCUGAAUUGUUAAUUUUUGUAAGUUCAUACAUACAUACACAACUAUGUCUAUUGAAAAUAUGAAGAGGAGACAUAAUUUGAAGAUUGUUAUAUUAAUUCAAUAUGUAUAAUUAAAUCUGCCUGUGCUUAUUGAAAUGUACACGAGUAAAAAUAUAUUCCGAUAGUAGGCCAAAUGUGAAAAUAAGACUAAAGAAGGCAAUAAAGCAAUUAGUAAUCAUCAGAACGUCUGACAUUUUUGGCAAAAUAUUAUUUUCGUUCACAAUCUAUCGAUAAAAUUGGCGACAACAACUACAUGACUUUAAAAUUGUAAGAAAACUGGCAACCCUGCAAAUGUCAUUUUACUCCGUCUUCAAAAAGGACACUAAAAGGGCAUAAUUAUACUUAUGAUUCGCAUAAAAAUUGUAAAACUGCAUGAAUUCGCGACACAAAAACUAUGUACACAUAACAUAGAUAUCAUUUCAUUCAGAUUUGUUAGAUGUAAAAUUUCUCAUACUACUUUUUGAGUAGGAACUACCAAAUAUAAGCUCCGAAUGAUGUGAUACUUGUAGGCGAUAAGUUAUUAUGAAUUAAAUAAACCUGUUAUCUAUCCAUUUGGCAAAUAAAAUUAACAAGUGG